AUGCGGCCUGGCUCUCGUGGUCGUCCUUUUGAGCGCAACUGGGCUCGUCAACGCAGGACCAGGUACCCAGGUUCCCCAGACACUGCCCGAGUGCUCCUGGCGGGGGAGGCUUCCCCCGAGAUCGUAACUGCACAAGCCUCAGAGUCCGACAAGCCUGGUACGCUGGCAUGGACGGGCACCCUGAACGACUACGUCACCGGUAGCAAGGUGGUGAUCAACACCGUGAGCCCCCCUCCCCCUCCCGGUGGCUCCGAUGCCCGCGACUUCAGCGCCGUCCUGCUGCCUGCCAACUUCUCCGAUGCCCCCGUCGUCACCGUGACUGCCACCGGCAGCGUCCUCCCCCUGGCCGCCUCCACCAUCAGCCAGGUGGGCCAGGCCUACAGCCUGACCCUGGCGGACGCCGUGGCGCGCAAUUCCCUGGCCACCGCCUCCGACCUCAUCUACCAGUCCCUCCUGCGCACCGACACCGUCUCCACCUCGGCCAUCACGCUGAACUCCAUGGUCACGAGCGUCGGGUGCUACCCGCCCCUCACCGACGCCCUCAAGGGCGCCAUCAACCAGGCGGCGGCCCAGAACGCGAGCAUCAUCCUGUCGCUGGCACUGCGCAACGUGCAGGCCCCCAUCGGGAACCUGGCGGCCUGCGUGUCGUCCCUGGAGUCGGAGGCGAGUGCCCCGGCACCCUCCCCCUGA